CUAUCCCCUGUUGUGCGCAUGCGCCAAACUUCUCCUGGACAGUUUGGGAGUGCUAGCAGUUAGCAGCUAACUAGCCUAGUGUGUAAUGGCCGCCUCGGUUCUACUGGGGUCUGCGGAGUCUACCGUACCCGGAUUUAGCGUCCCAGGGAGUGUUUUGGUCGGGAAUAACGGAGGGUCGGCUCCGGCGUCGUCGUGGAACAGGUCCCUGGAACGGGCGUUGGACGAAGCCUCCGCCACCGGCGCCCUGAACCUGAGCGGCAGGAAGCUGAAGGAGUUCCCCCGGAGCGCCGCCAACCACGACCUCACAGACACCACCAGGGCCGAUCUGUCCCGGAACCGCUUGGCUGAGGUCCCAGCGGAGGUGUGUGUCUACGUAUCGCUGGAGAGUCUGAACCUCUAUCACAACUGCCUGCGCACCCUACCAGACAGCCUGGUGAACCUGCAGGCACUCACCUACCUAAACAUCAGUCGGAACCAGCUGUGUGUCCUGCCCGCGGUGGUGUGCAGUCUGCCUCUCAAGGUUCUGAUCGCCUGCAACAACAAACUGGUUUCCCUCCCGGAAGAGCUGGGUCAGCUCAGACACCUGACGGAACUGGAUGUGAGCUGUAAUGAGAUCCAGGUGCUGCCCUCCCAGGUGGGUCGGCUGGAGACCCUGAGGGACCUGAACAUACGUAGAAACCACCUGCUCCAACUCCCUGCUGAGCUGUCUCUACUGCCCCUGGUGCGUCUGGACUUCUCCUGCAACAAGGUGACCUCCAUCCCCUCCUGCUACCGCCAGCUGGCCCAUCUCCACGUCAUCAUCCUGGACCACAACCCCCUGCAGAGCCCCCCCGCACACGUGUGUAUAAAGGGUAAAAUCCACAUAUUUAAAUACCUAAACCAGGAGGCAGCGAAGACUACAUCGGACCUCCCAGAGUUUGAGCGGAGGACUCAAGUCUUCAACUCGUGUAGUGAGGAUCUCUACCUCGGCCGCCCCUACGGAGCACUGGACUCGGGGUUCAACAGUGUGGACAGUGGAGACAAGAGAUGGUCUGGUAACGAGCCCGUUGAGGAGCAGUCAGAGGAGCAGCGACAUCGUAGACUAGGACCUCCGGGACCCAACGGAUCUGCAGAGUCGGAGCAGAUAGACUUUAUAGACAGCUGUCCAGAUGAGGACGACGAGGGACGUGGAGGAGCCGAUGGCAUCAGCCUCAGCUCUCAGUUCAUGGCCUACAUCGAGAGACGCAUCACAACAGAGGGAUCUCCAGGUAAAGCCACUCCCAACAGGGAGGAGUUGAGGAGACACAACAGGAGUGUGGUGGACGGUGCGUUGUCAGCGCCCCCUAGUGCUGAACAUCAGAGACCACCAGCACCACCAGGGGGAGUGGAGCGUGUGAGGAGGGAGGCCCAGAUCGCUGCUCAGCGCUACGAAGAGGAGAGGAGCCGUAGCCAGGCCGGCCCACGAGACUCCGUCCCCGCCUUUGCAAAGCAUAAAUCAGCCCUGAGUCCGACCAAGCUGGUCCCUGGGGACCGAGAGGUAAAGUGUGUGUGUGUGUCUUUUUUUGCGUGUGUGUUCUGUUUUAAUCAAAUUGUCCAUGUGUGUCAUAGCCCCCCCCAUCCAUCGCUCAUCUCUAAGUGUGUGUGUGUGUGUGUUCAGAGUGUUUGUCCCUCCAGACGUUCCACACAUACAGAUGACUCCGCCCUCUUCAUGCAGGGCGAGGAGAGGGCCGCCUUGUCGUCCACAGCCCACCCAUCUCCGUCCUAUCCUAAUGCUGGAGGAGUGUCACCCAGCCGGUCAGCCAAUCACAGACCAGAGAGCUUUCUAUAUCGUCUGAGUAUGCGAGAGGACAAAAGGAAAGGUGAUGGAGCUCCUGCUGCCCCUCCUCCUGCUCCUCCUGCCCUGGUGGGAGAGGAGGCACAGCUGGUGGAGCAGCUACGCAAGAACAUCGAGGCCCGACUCAAGGUGUCGUUGCCUAGCGACCUGGGUGCGGCCUUGACCGACGGGGUGGUCCUGUGUCAUCUCGCCAAUCACGUACGUCCGCGCUCUGUGUCCAGCAUCCACGUCCCCUCUCCCGCUGUGCCUAAACUGACGAUGGCAAAGUGUCGCCGCAAUGUUGAAAACUUUCUCGAAGCGUGUCGCAGGAUUGGUGUUCCACAGAGCCAGCUGUGUCUGCCCCUCCAUGUCCUGGAGGAGAGAGGGCUCCCCCUGGUGUCCGGGACUGUCAGCGCCCUGCUGGAGCUAGCCCCGCCCAGACACAGCCCCGCCGUCACCACGGCAACCAAUCCCCUCGCCAUGUAGACACACGCACACGCACACACACACGCACCGACACAGAGAGAGAUGAGGGUUGUACAAAGCUAUAAAGAUGAAGAUGAUGAUGAUGAUGUAGGGAGGGCAGGAGGCCUCGCAGCGUGUCCAUACCUCACUAGUCCAUACCUGACUAGUCCAUAACUGACUAGUCCAUACCUCACUAGUCCAUACCUGACUAGUCCAUUUCCGCUCGUUUGUUACCGGUGUUAAGUGGCCAUGAUGGUGGUCGUGUUAAAGGGCGACCAACUAGUUGGCAGGGUGCUCUUCAAACGUCCUCACUAUUUCAAUAAGGUAUUUUGUUUUUAAACUAUUUUUAACAUCAAUUAAUUCAAAUAAGAUGGACAUAUUUUAUCAUUAUAAUGCCAGGACCAUUGUCAAGAUAAAACAAACACAUUCAGUCUGGGGUGUAAGUCGGGUGGUUAGUGACGGCUAGUCAGGUGGUCCCGCCUCGUGCCCGCUGCAUCCGUCCGUUGACCGAACCCCAUUGACUUUGAAUGGGGACGGACGUGCAAUGCAUUGUGGAUCCAUGCGCUCCUUUGAAGCGUUCGGCGCCGUCAAAAAGUUGAAAAAUGUUGACGUCUAGUCGGGUGGUUAGUGACGUCUAGUCGGUUGGUUAGUGACGUCUAGUCAGGUGGUUAGUGGCAUCUAGUCAGGUGGUUAGUGACGUCUCGUCGGGUGGUUAGCGGCGUCUAAUUGUGGUGGUUAUGACGUCGAGUCGGGUUGGUUAGUGAAGUCUAAUUGGGGUGGUUAUGACGUCGAGUCGGGUUGGUUAGUGACGUCUAAUUGGGGUGGUUAUGACGUCGAGUCGGGUUGGUUAGUGACGUCUAAUUGGGGUGGUUAUGACGUCGAGUCGGGUUGGUUAUGACGUCGAGUCGGGUUGGUUAGUGACCAGAUGAGGCUCCUCUGUAGCUGCCUUCCAUGACGAGGUUCAAUAAGUCAGAGAAAUUGGACUUUAGUAAAAUAAAUCAACGUUAUUUAACACUUACAACUAAGUGUCUGCCAAGACAUUAAGGAGCAUGUCUUGGCAGAGCAAGUUGUCGAUACAUAAUUUUUAUUUCAAAGCUAACGAGAGCAUUGUUUGGCCACUAGCUUGAUAACCGUAUGGACACUAUCUUAAAGGUGACAUAGCACUAGCACUAUCUUAUAGGUAGCUAGUAUGGCUACAAGCUACACCCUCAAAUGGGCCCUAGUCAUAUAAUGGUAUGGACACUAGCUAGUGUGCUAGCAAGCACACUCUACAGUGACACUAGCUAGAGCACGAUAUGGACACUAGCUAGUGUGCUACCUAGAAUGCUGUAUGGUCAUACUCGCUAGAGAAUGUUAUGGGUGCUAGCUUGUGUGGAUUAUUAACACUAGCCACAGUGUGAUGUGUACAUUGGCUAAGGUUUUAGCUAGAUCACAAUGUGGACACUAGCCACAGCAUGGUAUGACCCCAUGGAUAAAACACUAGCUAGACUGCUAGCAUGUUGUAUGGAAAGUAGCUACAGCACGCUUUAGACACUAGCCAGCCUGCUAACUACAGCAUGGUAUGUGCACACGCUAGUAUCAUAUGGACAGUGGCUAGCAUGCUAGCUAGAAUGCUGUACGGACACUAGCUACUGGGUAGGAUGACACUAAGUAGCCAGCUAGCUACAGCGUGCUAUGAGGCUAGCUAGCCAGGGCGUGUAUCUGCUCCGGGUGGAGUGUUCACUGCAGAGAGAAUCAUGAGUGACGAAGAGGUCAAGGUUAUUUUUAUCUUUCUUAAAUAUAUGUACAAAUAUAUGCUGUAAAUAUAUAAAUAUAUAUAUGUAAAGCUGUAAUGGGAGAGUGCUGCCGUCAGUACGGGGGAACGACGGCAGUGAGGGAUGCUGGGUGAACCAGGCAAGGGGCUGAGGAUACAUUAGUAUUAUUCUAACUUUUGUAACAGGUUGUGAGACGAUGUGCUCUGGAACAUUCUUCUGUUUGUAAAGAAAACCUUUGAUGCCAACAAUGGAUCAUGUGACCAGGCGGAGGGCAGUUGGCCCCGCCCACAGACAUUCCUGUUGUUUACAUGUUUGAGCUCCUACACAAAAAACACUUUUUACAUUUUUACUGUCCCUGAAACCCUGUAUAAAUACAUUGAAACUGUCUUCAUUUGAAGAGUUAACUGCAAAGUGAAUUAAAUAAUAAAAAGAAAAAGUCAUUGGA